UUGUGAAUCGUCAUAAAUGUGUUUGGUCUUUGGGACAAGCAAUUACAACAACCUAGCACCAAACCCCACUAACCAACUAUACUAGUAUAUAUAUAUAAAUAAAACUCUUCUAUGGUCAUGAACUUCAUUGGUAAAAACCAUCAUCAACCACAUAGAAAUUGACCAUGGUGAAUCUCGUGGCAGCACAAAAACCAUUGAUGCAUGUGCUAAUGAAAAUGGCAGGAAUAAGGCCCUACACGGUGGAAAUAGAAUCAGGAACAGUAAUGACAUUCUGGGUACCUUCAGAAACAAUAACAAAGCCUAAGAAAAAACAAGAAAAGCCCAAAAUAAUAGCGAAGCCCAAUAAGCCCGUAGUGGUUCUAAUACACGGUUUCGCAGCGGAAGGAAUAGUGACGUGGCAGUUUCAAGUAGGCGCGUUGACAAAAAAGUACGCUGUUUAUGUUCCGGAUCUACUAUUCUUCGGAGGGUCCGUAACGGAUAAAGCGGAAAGGUCACCGAGUUUUCAAGCAGAGUGUUUGGCGACAGGUUUAAGGAAACUUGGUGUUGAAAAGUGUAUUGUUGUUGGUUUUAGUUAUGGUGGAAUGGUGGCUUUUAAAAUGGCUGAGAUGUACCCUGAAUUGGUUGAAGCUAUGGUUAUAUCUGGAUCUAUAUUUGCUAUGACUGAUUCAAUUAGUGUUAGUACAAUGAAAGAACUUGGUUUUUCUUCUUCUUCUGAACUUUUGUUGCCUAAUUCUGUUAAGGGUCUUAAGGCCCUUUUGUCUGUUGCUGCUUAUAAAAAGUUUUGGUUCCCUGAUCGUUUACAUAAAGACUUUCUUCGGGUGAUGUUCACAAAUAGGAAGGAGAGAGGUGAGUUAUUAGAUGGCUUAGUUAUUAGCAAUAGAGAUAUAGACAUCCCAAGUUUCACACAGAGGAUACAUCUUCUAUGGGGCGAGAAUGAUCAAAUUUUCAAAUCGGAGCUUGCUCAAAAUAUGAAAGAGCAACUAGGAGAUGGCACAACAUUUGAAGGCAUAAAGAAAGCUGGUCACCUUGUUCAUUUGGAGCGACCAUGUGUCUACAAUAGAUGCCUCAAGCAUUUUAUUGCUUCCUUCUUGGCGUCAAAUGAAGCCAAACAAAUAACUUGACAUUCAAUUAUAUAUUUUCAACUAGAGGAAGGAGGAAGACAAAUAUAAAUUUAUUUAUAAAUAUUGAAUAUUAAUGUCUUUUCUACUUUAAAUUGGAAUACUGUCCCUUCAAUUCAAAUUUUAUACAUCGGAAGAAGAAAAAGAUUAUAUAUCUUUUGGUCUGGAUAUUGGUCUAAUUAGUUUGAAAUGGAGUUCAUUAAUUGUCUCUAUCAUUCAUUGUAUUCUACUCUUUCAUAUGCAAUAAUUAUAAGAUAAUUUUAUUUACAUGAUAUA